UUAAUUUCUUAAAAUAGUACUUUUGCUAAAUGUACAGGACUUUUAUAAGACACAUAGGAUUUUUUUACACUCUAAGUAAAUAGCAAAUGGGUUCUUGUAUAAGUAGCUGUUCUUAAGUUCCCAAAUAGUUCUACUUUGAACUAUUUGUAAUAGAGUCAGUGGGUUAAACGUUCUCUCAGAACGGCCACUGAACAACAGCAUUUAUUUAAUAGUUCAUUUACAGUGUGGCAGAUUGCAGUAAAUUUGAUUCUAAAUGUAUUUUAGAAUGGAUUUUUGUAAAUGAAAAAAAUUAUAUACUGUAUAGAUAGAUAUAUCUAUAUAGAAUUUGUAAUGAACAGUUAAAACCUUUAAAAAAAAACUUUAACAUAUGAAAAUACGCAACGAUAGUAGAAGCAUGCAUUUAUCUAAGGUGCAUUUUUGUUAGAAUUUGCUUUUGUUUUUAAAAAAUAAUCAUUUUAUUGUCUUUAUACUUCAUUCACUCUUGAAAUCAAGUCUGACCUGUUUUAACUUGAACAAUAUAAAAGUAACCUUUUCAGUUCUAUUUGCUGGAAAUUAAAUUAUUAACAAAAAAAAGAUAAUUAAGUUGAUGCUAUUUGACUGACAAAUAAAUCUAUUGUGCAAAUAAAUAUUUUUUCCUGCUGUAUCAGACAGGAUGUUGUGUGUUAUGGAUAAAGUAUGACUUGACAUUUUUUGGGCCUUCGAAAAACAAAGAUAAAGCAGAGACAUUGAAGCCUUGUCUCCAUGUGUACAGGAGCUGUUUAAAAACAGAAAAGCUAUUCAGAAAAGACAAGUCUGAGGGUUUUUCUCACAGGAAACAGGAUGGAACUUCAGAAGUUUAUUUUGCUAAUACUAGUAGGUGUCUUCUCAUCAACUUUGGUGAUAGUGAUUGUAUUCAUCAUCAUCAACAUGUGCGUAAGAGGGAAAGCUGCAAAAUAUGUUGCAACAUCCGAGAAUCCCACGAAGUCAAGCUUUGAAAUGAGCAACUCUUUCAAGCUGAAUGGUCAGGAAGAUAUUCGACCUCCGUUGCCUUCAAGAGAACAAUUUGAUACAGAGUCCAUGAGCAAUAGUUAUGAGGAGAUGCCUGAAAUCCCUAUGGUCGCAGUUGAAACUUCCUCUUUACAGAACCCUGUUCACAGCCAUGUCCCUCAGACCCACACCAACCUUCUGGACAACGCAAGCAUCUCAGAAAGCUACGAUGAUGUAGACGAACUUCAAAGUGUGAAUAGUUAUGAGGAGAUGACUGAAAUCCCUAUGGUCGCCGUUGAAACUUCCUCACAGAAUCCUGUUCACAGCCAUGUCCCUCAGACCCACACCAACCUUCUGGACAACGCAAGCAAUUCAGAAAGCUACGAUGAUAUAGAUGAAAUUCAAAGGGUGAAUAGUUAUGAGGAGAUGACUGAAAUCCCUAUGGUCGCCGUUGAAACCUCCUCUUUACAGAAUCCUGUUCACAGCCAUGUCCCUCAGACCCACACCAACCUUCUGGACAACGCAAGCAUCUCAGAAAGCUACGAUGAUAUAGAGGAACUUCAAAGGGUACAAGGCAUCUCCGUUGCAUCAUUGCCUGAUUACCUGGAUGUGGAUCCACCUCCUUUUAUAAAUGGAUCAAACAACGGAUCAAACAAUGUGUCAGAAAACUACGACGAUGAUCAGCUCCAAUGUGACAGCGAGGACUAUGAUGAUGUGGGAUAAAAGAUUAAUCUGUCCUGGCCAUUUGUGAAGAAAAGAGAAAAGAAUAUUCUAAGAAAUACAAUAAAUUCAUUCAGAGGAUCUGCACAGAACUUUGGACCUCUGUUCAAUUUAGCACUUUGUUUUGUUUCCUGAGGAUGGUGAUGUCUCUUUUGCAAAGACAGUUAUGUAAGAUUUUAUUUUGAUGAACUGAUGAAGAAAAUAAUUUAUAAACAUUUAUAUUUUUAAACAUUUAUAUUUUUAAACAUUUUAAAUAUUUAAUCAGCUGCUUGUCAUAUAAUCGACUCAUUUCCCGCACACCGCCCAAAUCAACCAUGUAGAACACUCACUAUUUCCUGCCUGCAAGUCAGUAGUACUUUGGUAUCAACUGUUUACCAGAAAGAUGCAUUUAAAUGCUUUACUCCAGUACAAUAUUUAAGCUCCAUAUUCACACAUCACAGGGUUUUAGUGGAAAUAAACUUCACCUGCUUGCGUUCUUUGCUGUGUGAACAAGCUUGAGUCGUGAAAAAAAUACACUUUUAGUCAUUGUGGUAAAACUAUAAUUAUUUAUUUGCUCCAAAUAAUGAAAGUUCACAUGCUGUUUAGAUACAAGUGAUCUAAAAUGAUUUGUAUACCUUAGUUAGCAGUAGGUUGGUAGCUGAAAGGGUCAUCCAGUAUGUUGAAUAUUUAUGAAUAAGAAAAGUCUACCUAGCUAGCGAAUAUUGAUGUAACACUUAGUUAAUUAGCUAGUAAUUUGUAGGUUCCAAAGUUAUAUAUAUAUCUGAAGAUUCUAAAUUUAUUUUCUACUGAACCUUUAACCACUGUAACCAUUGAUUUUAUUGCAUUUAUAACAUUGGUGAGAUGCCCUUAUAUCUUACAUCUAUUUCAUUUCUACUGAGCGGUUAAGGGUUAAGAUCUUGCAAUUUAAACUCAUAACCUUCCAAUCAGUUACCCAACACCUUAACUACUGAGGCAUAACCUGUAACUUUCACGAUUUUAACCGUAGAAUAAUGGCAUAAUGUUAGCAAGCAAGUACAGUGCCUUCUGGAACACUAUAAGCCAUGAUUUGAAAGAUGUAUGACAUUAAAUGCUGUUCCCCAGAAGCAAAGCAAGGAGGGUAUUAGUCAGAGAACCAGGCAAGAGGCCAACGGGUAACCUUGAAGGAUAUUAAAAGAUCCACAGCUCAGAUGAGAGAGGAUAUUCAGAGGCCUACCAUAGCCUGGAGACUCCAAACAUCUGGAUGUUAUGCCAGAGUGGUGAGAAUCAUUAAAUCCUGUAUGCGCCAAAGGCUGUUUUGGAGAAUUAGCAGACAUGAGGGAGAAUGUUCUCUGGUCUGAUUUGGGAAAAACGGAAUAUUUUGGCCUUAGUAUAAAGAGCUAUAAACUCAGGACUGUGCAUGACCCUGAGAACAGCAUUUGCACUGUGAAGCAUGGUGGUGGUAGAAGCAUGUUGCACAUUACACUCUAAUGCUUGGUCUUUGAUUGAAACUCUGAAAAUAUUAUCUGUAAACUUUUUUUUUUUUUUUUUACCAGAUGUUGUUGGUUUUACUUAAAAAAAAACAGCAUUUUUCAACCCUCAAUUUAAAAUAAUGCCAAUUCCAAAAAAAAUAAUAAUAAUAAUCACGCAUAUGUACAAACGCUGUAAAGAUGUCAGUCCGCAUAAAUCUGUAGAUUCCAUUUUAAAAAAGUGACGACCCAAUUUCUUAGUAUACAAAUGCACAGCAGGAUGCAAAUCUUAGCAACGGUGUGAUUUUCUUAAGGUUAAUAAUUUCAGUUGCAUAAUGUGAGCUCUAUAGCACAAGCUGAUGUGAUGGUUACUCUGUUCUCUAAAAAAAGAACUGAAACUGUAGUUUCACUGCACACUGAACCACCUGCCGCUAUUUAACCGGGGUUUUUAUUGCAUUUUCCCCCCUGUAUGUAGGAGACUAUAUACAAAAUAAAGCAAAUAUGACUUUUUAAAA